GCCUGCCCCUCACUGCCCUCUCCGCACGCACAUUCUCUGUCCGCCAGGCCAGGGGUGUGGGCGGGAGCGGGGGAGGGGCCAACAUGGGAAUGAAAGGGCCUUUUACUUCCACAGCUGGGAGACCAGCUGCCACCAAAGCAAGGCUGGACACUCUGUGCCCAGAGCCCCCUCUGCAGCUGGCCUCUCCUCCCAGGAUCCCCUGCUUAUUCUCACCUUACUUUUUUUCGUCCUCUGCCUGGCUCCUACCAAGGCCUUGGAACAGCACUCACUAGGAGAGGGAAUUUUGUCACAGAAGCCAGAGGGGUCUAACAGGACUGCAGAGGGACAGGGACAGCCUCGACAUUCUGUCCUAGAGCUGGCCACCUCUCUCAAGCCCAGAGAGCACUGGGAGGAGGAACUGUGGAACAGCGUGCUGCCCUCCUGGCCUCUCUCUGGGCAGCAAGGGAAGGGGCUCUAGGGGACACAGAGAUGCAGGACAGAUUACACAUCCUGGAGGACCUCAAUAUGCUCUACAUCCGGCAGAUGGCACUCAGCCUGGAGGACACGGAGUUACAGAGGAAACUAGAUCAUGAGAUCCGGAUGAGGGAAGGGGCCUGCAAACUACUGGCAGCCUGCUCCCAGCGAGAGCAGGCUCUGGAGGCCACCAAGAGCCUGCUGGUAUGCAACAGCCGAAUUCUCAGCUACAUGGGCGAACUGCAGAGGCGCAAGGAGGCCCAGGUGCUGGGGAAGACAGGCCGGCGACCUUCCGACAGUAUGCCGCCCCCUGAGCGUUCCCCUUGCCGUGGCCGGGUCUGCAUCUCUGACCUCCGGAUUCCACUCAUGUGGAAGGACACAGAGUAUUUCAAGAACAAAGGCGACCUGCACCGCUGGGCUGUGUUCCUACUGCUACAGCUGGGGGAACAGAUUCAGGACACAGAGAUGGUCCUGGUGGACAGGACCCUCACAGACAUCUCUUUUCAGAACAAUGUCCUCUUUGCUGAGGCAGGGCCAGACUUUGAACUGCGGCUGGAGCUGUAUGGGGCCUGUGUGGAAGAGGAGGGGGCCCUGGCUGGUGCCCCCAAGAGGCUUGCCACCAAACUCAGCAGCUCCCUGGGCCGUUCCUCAGGGAAGCGUGUCAGGGCAUCACUGGACAGUGCUGGGGGCUCCGGGAACAGUCCCAUCCUGCUGCCUACCCCAGCUGUGGGAGGCCCCCGGUAUCACCUCUUGGCCCACACCACUCUCACCCUAGCAGCAGUGCAAGAUGGGUUCCGCACACAUGAUCUCACCCUUGCCAGUCACGAGGAGAACCCUGCCUGGCUGCCCCUGUAUGGUAGCGUGUGCUGCCGGCUGGCCGCUCAGCCUCUCUGCAUGACACAGCCCACCGCAAGUGGUACCCUCAGGGUGCAGCAAGCCGGGGAGCUACAGAAUGGGACACUCGUGCACGGAGUCCUGAAAGGCACAAACCUCUUUUGUUACUGGAGAUCUGAAGGUGCAGACACUGGGCAAGAACCCCUGUUUACUAUUGCCAUCAACAAGGAGACUAGGGUCCGGGCAGGGGAGCUGGAGCAGGCCCCAGAGUGGCCUUUCACCCUCAGCAUCAGCAACCGGUAUGGAGGUGAUGAGGUGACAAACACCCUCCGGGUGGAGAGCAGAGAAGCCCUGCAGAACUGGAUGGAGGCUCUGUGGCAGCUCUUCUUUGACAUGAGCCAGUGGAAGCACUGCUGUGAUGAAGUCAUGAAAAUCGAAACCCCUGCACCCCGGAAACCCCCACAAGCCCUGGCCAAGCAGGGGUCCUUAUACCAUGAGAUGGCAAUUGAGCCGCUAGACGACAUCGCAGCUGUGACAGACAUCCUGGCCCAGCGGGAGGGCACAAGGCUGGAGACGCCCCCACCCUGGCUAGCAAUGUUUACAGACCAGCCUGCCUUGCCUAGCUCCUCCUGCUCGCCUGCCUCAGUGGCCCCAGUCCCAACCUGGACGCAACCCCUGCCUUGGGCGCGACCCCGAACCUUUUCCCUGGAUGCUGCCCCCCCAGACCACUCCCUUGGGGCUUCUCGCUCGGUUGCACCCCUCCCCCCACAGCGAUCCCCACAAUCCAGAGGCUUCUACAGCAAAAGUCAGCUCCGCACAUGGCUCCAGUCCCCAGUGUGAGAGAGGCACCAGCAACAGGAUCUGGCCAAGAAAGAAAACGACCCAAGGGCAACUGGGCCCUAGGUCCAGCGCUGUGGGGGUGCUGUGCUCCUCUUCCUCCACUGAACUAGAAAGGAAGGCUGGAGAGGGGUAACAGAAGCCCCUCUUAAGUUGUGGUUAGCAUGGUACUGAGGGGACCAUUGCUGGAGUUGGUUGGGAUCCCCUAAGCUCUUCCUGGGAGAAAACUGGAACAAGUCUGCCCUGCCUCCCUGCACUAACCAGCCCCCCCCCCACCCCGGGGUGGGGGAGUGGGGAGGAAAGCACCUCUCUUGUGACUCCAUUAAAGUUAUUUAACAGCUA